AUGAAUACCAUCACUUCCACUGUUAAUACUACUUCUGUUAAUACCAUUAGAAUUAGUGAUCAAAAUCAGUCUAAUAUGAUCAAUAAUUCUAAAUCAUCUGUAUUUAUAAACUAUUCAUCAAUCAACAUUUGCUCCAUUCCAUUUAUUCACUCUGAUUCUAUCGGUAAUACAACAACAAUUCACACUGGUCAAAGCAAUUUAAUUUGUAUUGCUUUACGUAAGCAAUUAUUUGGUGGAAUUGAUGAACCAUUUUAUAGUACACCCAUUCCUAAAUUAUUAUUUAAAGAUAUUCAUGAGAACUUGGAGAAUAUUUCUCCUAAUCCUUUGAAUUUAGCACCAUCAUCUUCAUUAUCGUUAUCAUCAUCAUCAUCAUCAUCAUCAAAAUCUCAUAAUAUUCCAUUAUCAUAUGAUAAUCCUAAUAAUAAUAAUAAUUCACGUCAUUUAUGGGAUGAGAAUUCAUUAGAUAUACCAUUAUCACCAGUAUUACAUCAAUUACAAUAUAAUAUACAAUCAUCUAUUGAUACUAAUUAUCAUCAUCAUCAUUCUUAUACAUAUUUAUCUAAAAAUCAUCAUAAUUUAUUCCCUUCCAAAUUCAUAGUACCAACUAUACAACAAUCAACAUUACAUAAUCAAUCAUGUCAUCGUCGAUUACAUCCUCGUCGUAAUUUAUUCCAAUAA